UUUGACGAUAGCGGCUAAGCUUUGCUCUGCAUUGUGCCAUAAUUCCUUAAUGGGAUUCAUUUCGUAUAUAAAUGGAUGGAAUCACUAUUUGAAAAUCAUCAUUCGAUUAAAUCCCUUUUGGAAAAACAUCGAUACAACAAAACCCUCAACAUGAAAUUCGCCUUGUUCGUUGUUGCCAGCUUGAUUGCUGCCGUUUACGGCCAACCAGCAAAUUAUCAAUACUACCAAAGUGGUGUACGUCAGUUAGGUGGUUCAUACUACCGAGGUGCUGGUAUCUCUGGUGUUGCCGGUCUUGGUGGUCUUGGCUAUGGUUACGGUUUGGGUUAUGGAGCUAAUUACGGUUCCGGUUUAGGUUAUGGUGCCGGUUAUGGUCGAGCUAUCGCUUUGGCUCCAGCUCAAGCUAUCGGUUACGUUGCCGCUGCUCCAGCAGUCGCCGCUGCCCCAGCCGUCACUUAUGCUGUCCAAGCCGCUCCAGCAGUUGCUGCUGCUCCAGCCGUCUCUUAUGCUGUCCAAGCCGCUCCAGCCGUUCAAACUGUUGCUGUUCAAGCUGCUGCCCCAGCUUACUCAUAUGCUGCCGCUCCAGCCAUUCAUGCCCAAAGCACCCAAGUUUCCGGUCCAAUUCAUGCUGCCAUCGAAUCACGACGAACAGUUGAAGUUGUCGAUGCUCCCUCCACCCAAGAAGCUCCAGUCGCUCACACCGUUGUCAUUGGACCAAAUGUCCAACCAAUCAACUUGGAAUUCCAAACCCAAGCCUCACCAUUGGCUGCCUCCCAAAACCACGUUCCAACUGCCCCAGCUGAACCACAACAAGCAUCAUACGAAGAACAACCAGACGUCUUGCGACAAGACAUCGUCAAACCAGUUGUUCAAGAUGUCCACGAAACCAUUGUUCCAUUCCGACGAAUCACUCAAGAAUUGAAACCAGUCCAAGAAUCAGUCCACCAAGUCUUGACACGAGGCCAAGAACGAGGAUACUACCAACAACAAGCUCGAGUUGAACAACGCGUUGCCCCAGCCGCCGUUGCUGUUCAAGCUGCUGCCCCAGCCGUCUCUUAUGCUGUCCAAGCCGCUCCAGCCGUCCAAACAGUUGCCGCUGCCCCAGCUACCUACGCUGUCAUCGCUGCUCCAGCUGCUGGUGUCGUUGGUUACGGUUCCGGUUACGGUUCAGGCUACGGCCUUGCUUCAGGUUACGGUUCCGGCCUUACUUCUGGUUACGGUUUAGGAUACAGUGCUCGUUACGGUUCCGGCCAAGGUUCCGGUUACGGCAUUUCAUCUGGUUUGCUCGGUGGUGGUUCAUAUGGUUCCUCAUAUUCGGUCCAACCAGCCAGCUAUGGUUACAGCAGCUACAGCUCCAGAAGCUCUUCAUCCUACCCAACCCAAAAAUAA